AUGACUGUUUCCUCUGCCAAAUCGAUUUCCAAACCCUCGUACAACUUCCAAGGCACUGUUGACCAGACCGGCCCUCAAGUAGUCGGUGGAAAAGGUGUUCGAAUUGACGUUGAGAAAGAAGGUAAGGUUCACGAAAACGUCCUUGACGCCAUCACAGGUGCUGCUGUUGGGGCCCUAGGCUGGGGUGAUGAAGAUGCUUUGGACAUCAUUAACAAGGCUGCCCGCACCUCUACUUACUCUUACCCGUGUUUGAUCUCUAACAAACCGUCUGAAGCCCUAGCAAAGUACUACAUUGAUCACUCACCAGAAGGUGCCUUUUCCGCUGCUUUGUGGUGUACAUCUGGUUCCGAGAGCAACGAAAACGCGUUGAGAAUCAUUCGCCAGUAUUGGUUAGAGCGCGGCCUUCCAAAUAAAAUCAAGCUAAUGAGCAGAGAGAGUUCAUAUCACGGAUUUACUCUUGGAGCCCAAUCAAUCUCCUGGAACCCUAGAGUUGAACCGUACGCCCCUUAUCUCAUGGACCGUGAGAAGAUUAAUAUCCAAAUCCCUGCUGCCUACACCUACCGUUUCAAGAAAGAUGACGAAACGGAAGAAGACUACGCUAAACGCUUAGUUGACGCCACUGAGAAAAAGAUAUUAGAAAACGAUCCCAACACAAUCGCAGCCCUCACCGUUGAAACCCUGCCAGGCUCUUCCCUGGGUACUACUCCACCCCCAAAGGGUUACUUGAAGGGUCUAAGAGAUUUGUGCAACAAAUACGACAUAAUUUUCCAUUUGGACGAGGUUAUGUGCGGUACCGGCAGGUCAAACCCGAACGGCAACUUCAACUGCUGGGAAAACUAUUUGGCCCCAACGGACGCUCCAGAUAUCCAAACUGUUGGUAAGACUUUAGGCUCCGGGUACGUUACCAUCGCAGGUAUCUUAAUUGGUCCGAAGAUUAGAAGCGCUUACGUCGAGGGUUCCAAGUCUAUUCACGGCGGAAACACAUAUUCUUCUCAUGCUUUCAAUUGCGCUGUUUCCUUGGGUAUUAUGCAAAAGCUCAAAAACGAAAAGCUAACUGCAAACAUUUUCAAGAUGGGGAACCUCAUGGGCGAGAAGCUAUCUCAGAUUCUAUUAUCCGAGGAUAACAUCGCUGGUGAUGUUAGAGGUAUUGGUGGUUUCUGGUCUGUUGAGUUUGUCAAAGAUAGAGCUACUAAGGAGCCAUUCGAUUUGUCUUUGAAUAUUGCUGGUCGAUUCAAAGCUAUUUGCUUCGAGAAUAAUUUAAACGUUAUGGGUAUGCCAGGCAACCCAGACGGAAGCUGUGGUGACCGUUGCUUGCUGGCGCCGUCCUUCAUUAUCACCGAAAAAGAUGUCGACGAAAUUGUCGAAAUCAUGGCUAAGUCAGUUCUGCAGUUGAGCUCUGACUUGCGCAAGGAAGGUGCUUGGUGA